UAAAACCUCAUCAAUGUAUUUGGUUCAGCUACAUAAAUUUUCUUACUUGUUACAUUAAAAGGUUAGGAGGCAAGGAGUACUUUGUUCUUAAAGACAUAAUGACAUUUCUCCCUCUAGAAUUUACUUCUUAAUUUCUUAUUCAGUUGUGAAUUAUUCCUCUCUUUCCAUUUGUCUUAGGAAGUCUUCCUACACUUGCCACUAUCCCCAUAUAUAUUGGGUUUUAUAGAGCUCUUUCUAAUACAGCAGAUGAGCGAUUGUUAAUGGAAGGCUUCUUCUGGAUACCCUCACUAUCUGGUCCGACAACUGUUGCUGCUAGGAAAACUCUGGCAGUGGUACCCCUUGGCUUUUCCUCUACAUUGUUUAAACAAAGAGAGGAAGAGAUGAGGAAAGCUGAGGAGGCAGCAACUAAUGGGCUUCAGAUUACAAAUUGCAAAGUAAAUAAAGAAAUGACUCUACUCGAGGGACAUACUAGUUCUUCUAACAUUGAUGGCUUUGCUGUGAACGGUAAUGAAGUAAACUCAGAAUUGAAGGAUAAUGAGAGGUCAUCUGCUGAUAGGGAAGAAACUCCUGAUAAGAGUGAUGAUGAAGAUGGAAGCUAGUUGGAUGGUUCAAUUUAUUGGAUGCUUGGUGGUGAAUGUUCAAGGUUGGAGAUAUUAGAGUUUUUUUUUUUUUUGUAGAUAAAUGAAGGCGUA